AGUGUCCUAUUAGCAAUCAGGAAGAAAUCUCUACUAAAGAAAAGACUUCAAUUCAUAGCGUAUAGAAUAGAAAGAGCUCGAAGAGGUUCCAAGAAAAUGGAAGUUGAGGGGUAGUGUUUAUUGGUCUUCUAUCCCCCAAAUAUUGACGCGUUGCUUGCCUUUUUUGUAUUAUCGCAGGAACAGCAGAAGCAUUAAUUUUGUGGAGGAAGGAAAGAGACUCGACUCGAUAAUUGUGCCCUUUGUUCGCAAUGAACUGAAGGACUAAUGUGCUGAGAAGUGUUUUUCUCUCAUCGAAUAAACACUAAAACACUACACUACAAAUUCUUGGUGUUUCUUGUAGAGGCAACUUCAACUAUAUAUAGCUGAAUACAUCCAUAUAUAUACCCAGUUCUAGAUGGAAGAUCAUAGCCUUGUUUACACGCUAGAUGAAAAGCUUGGUGCUGUCAGAUUUGGGACAUUCCAAUGCCUUGUGCUUGUCUAUGCUGGACUUGGCUGGUUUGCAGAAGCAAUGGAGAUUAUGAUUCUCUCUUUUGUAGGACCUGUAGUAAAGUCAGAGUGGGGACUCUCCUUGAAUGAAGAGAGCCUCAUAACAACUGUCGUUUUUGCUGGUGUGAUGAUUGGAUCAUAUUCAUGGGGUCUUCUAUCAGAUAAUUACGGAAGAAGGAAGGGUUUUCUAUUCGCAAGCUUGAUCACUAGUGUAGCUGGGCUAUUAAGUGCUUUCUCCCCAAGUUAUAGAACACUGGUGGCUCUUCGUUUUUUGGUUGGUAUUGGCCUGGGAGGUGGAUCUGUUUUCCUAUCCUGGUUUCUAGAGUUUGUUCCUGCUCACAACCGAGGCAUGUGGACGGUUGUCUUUACUACCUUUUGGACUUUUGGAACAAUUUUUGAAGCUUCACUUGCAUGGAUUGUGAUGCCCAGACUGAACUGGAGGUGGUUACUUGCAUUGUCUUCUGUACCAUCAUUUGCACUGCUUCUCUUUUAUGGUUUUGUGCCAGAAUCUCCACGUUAUUUAUGUAUGAAAGGUCAGAUAGCUGAUGCCAAUCAAAUUCUGGAGACGAUAGCUGUGGUCAACAAAGUGGAGCUCCCUCCCGGCAAGCUUGUUUUUUAUGGAAAUGUCAUAGAGGACGAAGAAUCAGUGCCACUGGAGGGUAGCCCUUUAUUGUCCUCAACUAGAAAACGGAUCAUGAAAUGCAACUCAUUCUUCUCAUCAUUCUUUAUGCUUUUCUCCCGAAAACUAAUUUGGACAACACUUCUUCUAUGGAUUUUGUUCUUUGGAAGUACUUUCACGUAUUAUGGUAUCAUUCUGCUAACCUCUGAGCUAAGUAUUGAACAAAGCAAAUGUCGCUCCAUUAUCUUACAUGAAGGAAAAUCUCAGGAUAAUAGCAUCUAUAUAGAUGCAUUUAUCACCAGUUUGGCAGAGCUUCCUGGUCUACUUUUAUCAGCUGUACUUGUGGACAGAGUUGGCCGCAAAAUUUCCAUGGCGAUUAUGUUUGUCUUAGCUUUUGUUUUCCUUCUUCCGCUGCUUUUACAUCAGUCUUCUGUCGUCACGACAGGGUUAUUGUUUGGAGCUCGCAUGUGUGCUAUAGGAUCCUUCACAGUUGCCUGCAUAUAUGCCCCAGAGAUAUAUCCUACGUCUGUGAGGGCAACUGGUGCUGGGGUUGCCAGUUCGUUUGGUAGAAUUGGUGGGAUGGUAUGCCCUCUUGUAGCAAUUUCACUUAUAUCUGGUUGUGAGGAAAUGACUGCUAUCAUUGUGUUUGAGAUUGUCAUUGCUAUUACGGUGGUCUGCAUCUUUUUCUUCCCAUUUGACACCAUGGGAAAAGAGUUGAUAGAUGAUGUAGAUAUAUCGAACUCGAGCAAUUAGAGUUCGGUAGUAGUAGAGUAGCUGUAGCAGUUUGUCAAAUAUUAUUCAAUGUCUUAAUUACUGUUCCAUCUUCCUGAAAUAUUAUUCAAUGUCGUACCGUUACAUCUCCCUGACUAUUUCUGUACCAUGCAUCAUUUGACAAAUUGUGGGUAUGUAAACGGUUUAAAUGGCUUGGUAAUUUGUUCAUGUUGAUUGUACAACUAUAUAAGGAAGAAAGCAAUGCUUUUUCAUCGCAAGUCUUCUGA